AUGCCGCGCAAAAAGGCUGCAGACCGCGUGGGUCCGGUCAAGACCCGAAGCCGUAGCGGCUGUAAGGAAUGUCGCACGAGUCGUGUCCGCUGCGACACGCAGAAGCCCGUGUGUUCCCGAUGCCGUGAAAAAGGAUUACCCUGUUCCACGCAGUUGGUGUUGAAAUGGGAGUCGGAGUUCGCGAGCCGCGGUUUGGCGUUUGGGAGAGCUGGCGUUUGGAGUAAGUCCAGCCCUGCGGGUGGGAGGACUAAGUCGCCGGAUUCGCUGUUUCUUGAUGAUCGCGAGUGGUGUCCCUUGCCGAUGGUCGAGUAUUGGGGGUUUGUGAAUAGUGGUGUUUCGACGUUUGAACGGCCGGAUGAGGUCAAUGUUGCGUGUGACGAGCUGAAUGCUGUCGUGCUUCGCGGGAGGGAUGGGGUUGAUUUCCACUCUGCUCGUGAGAUGCACGGAAGAAGAGCUAUCAGUCUCGUUGGCUCGACGUCCGGAUUGCAGAGACUACUAGACCCCAUGGCUUCGCUGUCCAUGUUCCCUCAGCUGGCUGGGCGGAGCCAAGGACAUCUGUUCGACUACUACCUGCAGCAGGUCUGUCCUCGAACCACGGCUAGCUCGAACCUGUCCUCACCAUUCGCUUCGGUCCUUCUUCCUUUUUGUCUCUCUGCUUCUCCUGUUCUAUUCAAGGCCAUUCAAGCCUUGGGUGCAUGCCAUUGGUCUCGGUUCGAUUCGACCUACAGUGUCGUUGGGCUACGGCUGAAGUCUGAGGCUCUAAGAGGUCUCAGCGCCCAACUAGCUAGGGAAGGAUCUUUGAGAUGCUCCGCAGACCCCGAAGUCCUAGCGAUCAUGAUGAUGUUAUGUCUCUACGAGAUUGUAGAUGACUGCGAUCAACGCUGGACCGUUCACCUCAAAGGCGCGAAAGAGUUGAUUCGCCUGCGGAGACAACAACAGACGGCCCUUUCGAAGACCAAUGGCGCCCAAGACCCGGUUUUUGGAUUUGCCGAGCUAUUCUUCGCUUUCCAAGAUGUAAUGGGACGUACCGCCUGUGGCGAGGAAGUGCUCUUCGGCAGCGACUAUUGGCAUGAACAUGAGCGCACCAUCGAUCUCUGGAUGGGCUGCAGUCCGGAACUCGUCUCCAUCCUCUCGUCGAUUACUGAGCUCAGUCGGACAAGACGACAACUUGCCUCGUAUUCUGCUCGCUCAGCCUUCUCACAUCGCGCAGCGUCUUUAGGUCGCCAACUCGAGACCCUCGUUCAAGAACUUGACAACCCCGAGGACACGAUCCUCCACUCCGCCGCCGAACUAAAACGACUCGCUGCCGUGCUCUAUCUACAUUGUGCCCUGUACGGCGCAUCUCCCACCGCCCCAUUCGUCACGAUCUAUGUCCGGAACAUCCUCCGUCUUGUUUCAGACCUCCUAGACUCGGGAUCCCUCGUGAGCAUGACAUGGCCCCUUUUCGUUGCGGCCGUGGAACUCAACCCACUACACGAUGAAGUGUGGUCUGAUUCGGCCGACGGGACCGCGGUCUAUGGUCGUCCAUUAGUGCUGCGUGCAUUAGCGGCAAUGGCGGAAUCGAGCGUGUCGAAUAUUGCUCGCACGAGGGCCGUCAUUGUCAAGGUGUGGCAGGCUCGGGAUGGCGAUAUGCUAAACCGGUCUCCUGUGGAUACGUCGGAUUGUAAUGAUUGGGAGUGGUAUAUUGCGCCGGUUAGCAGUGCGAUGAGCUUGGCUUGA